AUGUUCAAAUACGUGCUGUUUGCUGCUAUUCUGGCUGUUGCCUCUGCAAAAGCCAAGCCGCUAGUGAUCGACUAUCAUGUACCCACCUACGAAUAUGCCGCUUAUACUGCUCCAGUCGAAUAUUCCUACAGCGCCCAUUAUGAUCACCACGACCAUAUAGCACCUUUUUCGGCCUACUCUUAUGAAUAUGCCCCGUAUUCUUAUUACGAGUACCUCCAUCGCUGA